AUGACGUCUCCCAGUGAGCAGGAGCCCAAAGGGAUGUUUGAAUGCCAGUUAUGUGGCUUGACCGCACCAUACAGCUAUGUGGGGCAGAAACCUCCCAACACCCAUAAUGUUGUACUCCUAGAGGAAUGCCAUGUACUGAAGGAUCCUUUCACCUCGGACAAAGACAAAUUUCUGAUCCUGGGCUCACCGUGUAGCCUCUGCAGGAAGCUGGUGUGUGUGAGCCAGGAGUGUAGCUUAUACUAUUCGAAAAGAUUUUGCCUCCCCUGUGUUCGUGAGAACCUCAGUGCUUUCCCUCAGGAGAUACAGCAAGAAGUGGAGAAGAGACGUACUCCAUCCAAAGCUGCUUCCAAGAAAUCUGACUCGAGGACCUUGUUGUGAGGUCUUGGCCAGAAUAGAGGCCCUGGCUGCUCCUUGUUGUCUUGACACUUUUUUUUCCCAAUUUGCUCCUAUCAACUGUGGCCCUACGGGAACAUGGGGUUCCAUUGGUCUUCAUCAUGAUUUUUAAAGGGGACCCUAUGGGAUGUUUCUCAUGUUGCUGCAGUUAUUGUUUCCAACUCUGGAAAUCAGUGAGAAUUCUGGCCUCAGUCGAUCUGGGCAAGUCCAAGCCAGAGGCUUCUCUGCAGUGAGUCACAGUGGUAGACUAAGAACAUGGACAGGCAAAGUGAUAGAUUGAUCUACACCCAUGGUGGCGAAUCUAUGGCACAAGUGCCAGAGGGGGCACUCAGAGUCCUCUCUAUGGGCACACCCACUGUACCUCAGCACAGAGUUCACCAGAGUUCAUUACUAGAAAGCCAGAGGGACUUGGGGCUGGGCUGCUCCCUUCUACCUCCAUGGGCACCUCAGGACAUUUUCAUAUCACCCAUACCUCUAAAAGGUUUGCCAUCACUGGCCUAGGCCAUCACGGGCCCAAAGGGGCUGCAUGGUGCUGCUGAUUGAUGCCCCUGUGAGUAGGAGAGCCCAGGACCCUCCUUGCCUUUGACUUCCAUCCACAGGGGCUGAGAGAGGAGGACAAAGCAGACGAGAGCAACAAGAGAUCCAGUCCUUUGGUCAAAGGCUUGUCCCUUCCUCUACCAGUGAGGGCAGGGGAGGUAAGC